GGUUAAUCCGGCAGACCCUCCCAGCAAUUCUCGCAACAAUCCACCCAUCAAGAUAUCGCCCAGUGAACUGGCGAUGGAGACGGCCUUCUGUGAGUGCAGAAAGUGCGAUGCCCCCAUCGGCCGCUUCGCCAAUCUGUGGACGCAGAUCGGCAAGAGCUAUUUCAGUCCGGUUGUAGAGCCAGAAGACGACCUGGCUGUCCAGUGUCAGGGAAGCGUCCGCGUCGGCGAGCCGGAUACCCUGGUAGAAGAAUGUCACCUUCAAGACAUCGUCUGCGCCAACUGCGGCGCCUUGCUAGGCCUCAAAUGUGUUCAAACGCCGGUGAACCACGUGCUGGACCAGAACCAACUCCUGCUGAGGCUCGCUUCAAUUGAUCUGCUAGAUAGUACUGGCCAGGAAAUCGAGUUUGCCAUCAAGCGGGUCCUGAGCGUUGCCGAGCCUUCGAGAGUCACCCGUACACAUCGUCCCGACCCAUCGCAAGGAGCAGGCUUCUCGUCGGCGUUCCCUGAGCCUGCCGAGCUAGAGAAGCUGAGAGCCGAUCUUCACAGCCAACGGGAAGACAUCAGACGAAUAGACAACAAUGGAUUCAGGAUCGUCUCGGCCUUGGACAAACGGGCGAGCCGCAUCGAGGUCGAAAUCACCAAGCUGAAGGGCAAGGCGGAUAGCUCGCACGGUGCUAUCGGGAACCUCCAGCAAGAUAUUGGUUCCAUGAAAGCCGAUAUUGCUGCAGUGCGAGCGUCCGUUCAAGACCCCACUGCGCUUGCCAGUCUAGAGGCCCGGCUCGCCUCCGUCACCUGCACGCUCGGAGAAGUAGCGCAACACUUCACGAGCCUGAAGGAGGAGAUAGAUGAGCUCAAAUCGGAGCUCAGCGGGCAAAGACGAGCAAUGGAGGGUUUGGAGUCGGAGACCAGAGCCAAGGUCACGGCAGCACGGCACGCGGAGGACAUGGCGAGUCUUCGGGCGGAGAUUAUGCACCUGAGACGGCAG